AUGUACUCAAAUCCACAUGCGGCCAUGCCGCCGCCUCAGUCACGAUCUGUCGCGCCUGAGACCUUCUUAUUAGACCAGGACGCUCAGCAAAGCCUACCACCAGACAGCAUCGUAGCUCUCCAGCAGGUCGAUAAUCUCAAGUAUUUCUUAAUAUCAGCUCCCGUUGACUGGCAACCCGACCAGUACAUCCGCAGAUUUCUCUUGCCCACUGGCGAGUAUGUUUCUUGCGUGCUAUGGAACAACCUCUUUCACAUCUCAGGUACCGAUAUCGUGCGAUGCCUUUCGUUCCGCUUCCAGGCCUUCGGCAGGCCCGUGAAGAACUCGAAGAAGUUCGAGGAGGGUAUCUUCUCCGACCUGCGCAACCUCAAGUCGGGCACCGAUGCAUCGCUCGAAGAACCAAAGAGCGCUUUCCUUGAUUUCUUGUACAAGAAUAACUGCAUCCGAACACAGAAGAAGCAGAAGGUCUUUUACUGGUACAGCGUGCCCCACGACCGACUCUUCCUCGAUGCUCUGGAGCGCGAUCUCAAGCGCGAGAAGAUGGGCCAGGAGGCCACCACAGUUGCCGUGAACGAGCCUGCUCUCUCGUUCGAGUUCGACUCGUCGCAGUCGCUCUUCGAGCAGCUCACCAAGGCACAGCAGACCAACUCCUCUUCUUUCAACAACAACGUCCAGACCUACUCGCAAUCGACUUCCCCAGUCCUGCGCGCAAUGGACUCGAUGCCUCCUCCUCAGAUGGUUCCCCAGGCCAUGCCUCCCGUGCAGGAGGAGCCCAUGGGCCAGAUGGCACAGUACAACCAGAUGUCCAUGCCCCCGAGCAUGCAGCCAACGAUCGUGAAGAGCCGCGAGCCCGAGUACCGGGGUCAAGUUCAAUACGACCGCAACGGUAUCCCUCUGUCACAGAUCCACCAGCGCCAUAGCUCGAUGCCCGCGUACAUGGAGUACUCGCCCGCUCCCUCAUUUGUUUCAUCGCACUACGAGGACUACAGCACGCGCGGAAUGUCUUUUGAGCCGUUGACGCCUCCUCAGCACAACCUCAGCCUCGGUCCCGAGCCUGCCUACAUCGCAAACGAGGACACUGGCCUGUACAGCGCCAUUCCUGAGCUUGGCGUCUCCACCAACUUCAACCCUCUGAUGAACUUGCCCCCAUCAAACUUGAUGGGACCUGGCCCGGGUUUCUCCAACGUCACCCGACCAUUCCCUGGCGGCAAUGUCUAUUCAGUCAUCGAGGGCUCCCCCACCUACAAGCAGAGGAGGAGGCGCUCGUCCAUCUCCACCAGCAUCAGCGCAGCAGUGACUGCUACCGGCGGCGCGGCACACCAAGUGCACCGUCCCAGCGAUCUGCGCCGCUCGAUGUCGAGCUCUGUCGUUCCUGUGCCUGAGGGCGAUGAGUCACCUCACCACUCGCCAGACAGCGCCAACGGCAACGCUCCCUUCCCACAGACCAUCCCAGAGCACAAGCCUGUGGUCAACAUCUCGAGGCACGGCACUCCCCUCCAGACCAUCGAGGACAGCCCGCCUCAGCAGCACGCCGCUCUUCCCCAGGACGAUCUCAACAGCUUCGUCAACGGCGAUGCCUUCGAGACCCCCUUGCAGCACAGCGCGGUUGCCCGCACGGCAGCUGGGCCAGGUGUUUUCCGAAGGGCUCGCAGCGCUACCAUGAUGGAGAUUGGCCCGUACCCGCAGAAGUCCCACUCCUGCCCUAUUCCCACCUGCGGCAGGCUGUUCAAGAGGUUAGAGCAUCUCAAGAGGCACGUGCGCACUCACACGCAAGAGCGACCAUACGUCUGCACUCUCUGCAACAAAGCAUUCUCGCGCUCUGACAACCUUGCUCAACAUCGUCGCACACACGAGUCCCGACAAGACGGCGAGCCGCUCAGCAGCUUCGACGAGGAGGACCUCGAGGGCGAAGAUGAGCAUCUGCAGUCUCUUGAGGAGGAGUCGCCCGAAUCUUCGCACGACUACCUCGGCGGCAUGCCACAGCUCCCAGCUUCCAUUGCAGACAUCCCAGGCCCGCUCGCCAUGGGCACCACAAUGGCCCCUCCCCAGCAACUCAUUGCUGCCAAUCACUACUAA